AGUGUGAUUUUGGCCAGCUAAUCGAAACGCAGUCAAUCUGUCGAAUUUAGUAUUUAUUGUUUCAGUAAAUAAUUAGGAAAAUAUCUCACAUUCUUAGUCAUGGUUGUAACGUGUGAAAUUAAUCUUAAAGACAAUCCAUUCGAUGUUUAUUAUGCGGGUCAACUUGUUUCGGGUAGUGUAGUUUUAAAUACUGACAAGCAAAGGCUGGUCAACGCUAUAGUUUUAGAGAUUAAAGGCUUUGCUUGGACAUAUUGGACAGAAAACACUACUGAUUUUGAUAAUAAAACAACAUCCAAUAGCUACAGUGGUCACGAGGAUUAUAUAAAAUCAAAAGUUCAGUUACUACAAGCUGAUGGAGAAAACGUUGCCCUCGAGCCAGGCAGCUACGUUUACAACUUUGCCUGUCAAAUACCUUCCGUUUGUCCAUCAUCCUUUGAAGGAAAUAAUGGACGUGUGCGAUAUAUGGUAAAUGUAAAACUCAUCAGGCCCUGGAAAUUUGAUCAGGUUUUCUCACGUCCAUUUACGGUACUGAAAGUAAUGGAUCUCAACCGAGUGGGACUUUGCUUAAACACACCUGCCUAUUCGGAGGACCAGAAAACUUAUAACUGCUGGCCUUGUCGCUCAAAGCCACUCAAGCUGCAAUUAUCACUGCCGCAGAAAGGAUUUGUGCCUGGCCAAAUAAUACCUGUCGGUGUUCUGGCCACCAACGAUAGUCACAUACGCGUGGAAGAAAUCGAGGCUACUUUGGUCAUGAUGGUUAUCUACUAUAGUCAGUUCAGUGUGGAGACGAUCAACGAGAGAUUUGUAGUUAGCAGGAAGAAGGGCGAGGGCGUCACAAGAAACUGCAAGAAACAGUUUACAUUAGAUCUGCCCGUGCCGGCAACACCGCCGACCUGCUUCGAUUUAUGCCGCAUCAUCCAAAUUGCUUACCAAAUAGAGGUGGUGACCAAGGUUAAGGGCUGGCACAUAAAUGAUCGGGUGCACAUACCUGUGACUAUUGGCAAUGUACCGCUAACGAGGCAACUGACACAGCAACCACGCCAGUCUCCCAUUGAAGUGGAAGUUGUGGCACAGCAGCUGGACGAGAAGGCGCUGGUUCUGGUUGAUGAUGUGCCUGAUGAGGCACGGGUGCCUGUCACAAAUCCCUGGGCUGUGGACUCUUCCAUAAUGCCUCCCAGCUAUGAAGAGGCCGUGCAUGUGCGUGCAUACGGAAUUAAUGCAUCCAAGUCUACAGAUAGUCAGAAGUCCUAUAAUAAUGAUCGAGAAACGCCGACAAGCACUCAGAAGACAUUUGAUAAUGAAAAUUGUCACUUUAUCCCUCUCUAUUCUGUAUUUAAUAUGGUAAAUCCAGCAGAAAAUGGUAUGAAAGAAGAUAUUGAUCAUAGUACAUGGAUUUAAGAAUGCCUAACAAAGUUUUAAAAAAUUGUUCAAUAUAUAAUGAUUAAUGAGUAAAAAAAAAAACGGACACGAAUCCUUUUUUUUAGAUAAUACAUUUAUGCAGGGUGCCAAAUUUUCGCUUCGAAUUUAGUUUCCAAAUACGAUUCUGAAACAACAAGUAUACAAAUUACUAUGAUUAUUAUUUUUUAUUAUUUUCAUCUUUCCAAGUAUUUCUGUGUGAAACAUAUAUCCGAAGGUAAAAAAAAUCACUCUCAAGAAAAAUAAGUGUACAUGUAACGAUCCGAUUGUCUUUUGACUACAAUUAAAUCAGUAGUAUUUCGUACUCCAACAACAGAUAUAAUAUCGACAACACGAGUAUUCUAAUAUCGCAUAUUGGAUGCUGUGUGUUGAAUUCGCUGAUAGUCCCCAUGUUUAGGAUUUGCACGAUUGCGAGCAAUUUCCACUUCAAGUGUUUUUUUCAAUGACUCAUUCUUUUCUUAUCUGCAGCAAAAGUUUCGAUAAGAUUUGAAUAAAUUAAUUUUAUAAUCAUUUUGUGGACACUUCGAAAAUAAUGUGUGUCUUCUAUUCAGGCUUCGAUGGACAGAUUUUGCUUAUGCAAGGAUAAUUCUAUAGAUUAUUAUAAUGGAGGUAAAGACUACAUAGCAUCCUAAACCUUCUUAGAGGGAUCCAGUCAAAGUAGCACAUAAAAUUAUUUGUAUUAUUGUGUGCGUAGUUAUCUAUUAUCAGUCUUUCGAAGUUUACUGAGGCAGAGUACGCUGUAUAACUACAGUGGCAGCGAAAAGGCCCUGAAAAUUUUAUUAAACCUAUGUACGAUGUUUUUUUGAGGUAAAUCAUAAACUCUGUUUGCAAAU